AACUAUUACCAUAUACACUCGUGUCUGUCUUUGAAUGACAAUAGCAAUUUCAAAUCGUAUAAUUUGGCGUUUGAUGCGAGGUCGGCAAAAAUAGUGAUAGUUAUGUUUAUAGUUUAGUAAACAAUUAAAGUAAAAUAAAAAGAAACAAUGUAUAAAGUAAAAAAUGUUGUGUUUUGUGUUACAUUGAAUUUUCUAUUUUUCAUCAGCAGCGUAAUUUCAAAUACGGACGUUAUGCCGCCUUUGUUCGAUAUGGAUGAUUAUUCAUCUUGUAAUAAAAAUGAAACUAAUUUUUUUUGCAACGUUCAAGCAAAAUUAAUUGUACCCCAUGCAAACCAGAAUAUUAUCAAUUUAAUUCGGAAAUUUAGCGACGACCCGAUGACAUACGAUAGAAGCAUAGUACAUCGAGCAUUAUGUGUACCACAAGAUAAAAUUCGAACGGAUUCAACGUUGUAUGCUUAUUCUAAUAAUUUGGUAAAUAGAAACCUUCAAAAAUAUAAUUUGACAGCGGAAGUUGAUGAUUCUAUUUGUGUUGAAAUGAAAACUAGUUAUAACAUUUACGAUUAUCUAGUUGCAAUCAUCGGCAUUGUUUACUUAUUACUGGUACUUUUUGCAACGUAUUACGAAAAGAAACAAAAUGUGAAAGGGUUAGAGCGUGAUCGAAGAAACAAUUUUCUGUCAAAUUUGUCUCUUUAUCAUACAUGGAGGAAAAGGACGACAGCUCCUACGAAUAUUGAUUAUAAAAAAUUAUCAAACUUACAAGGCAUCCGUUUUUUUUCGAUGAUAAUCCUGAUUUUAAUACACGUGAAUUUAUUAUAUCUCUUUUUUUAUAUAUCAAACCCAGUUGAAGUGGAACGAAUAAAUGCCUCAAAAUUUAUCACGCCAUUUAGAUGUGUUGGUGCAUUCGCCGUUCUACCUUUUUUUUUAUUUUCCUCUUGGUUAUUGACUGUACAAGUUCAUAAUAUAAUCGAAAAAUAUGGUGAAUUAUCUCUUAAAAAUGUUGGAAUAUUAAUUAUCAAUCGAUAUGCCAGAUUGAUGUUCACUUUUGUGGUAUUACUAGCAUUUAUUCAACCAUCUUGGUUUAUGAAUAUUUCUGGACCAUGUAGCUUCUCACUGUUAGUAUUGAAUCGAAAUUCUUGUAGAAGAAAUUGGCUCAAAUCGAUACUAUUGAUCAGUAAUUAUGACUACAUUUUUGAUAUUUGUUAUCCUGUUUCCUGGUACAUAUCGGUAGAUUUUCAACUUUAUAUCCUUAAUCUCGUUAUACUCUACAUCAAGUUAAAAUUCAAGUUAAAAGAUAUAAAAUUAUACUUUACUUUAUUAUGUGCCUCAUGUAUAAUACACGGUGUCAGAGUAUACGCUCAUUCUGAUGUUAUAUUCAAACCAUCAAUCAGAGCAAUGGAAGAAAGAUAUUUGAGAUAUUCUUCGUUAUAUAUGGUGCAGUACAUGUCAACUUUAUCUAUAUGGUCGUCAAGUGUCAUUGGUGUAAUUUUGGGUGAUAUUUACAAUAAAACAAAGAACAUUACUAUAAAGAACACAUGGCCGUUAACUUUAUUAUGGGCAUCCAUUUUCUUAUUCCUACCUCUACUAACGAUGUACAUCCAUUAUGUGAAUAUGCGAGGCUUAAAAGCUGUCAUUUUGACAUGUCUAAGUAAACCACUAUAUAAUUUGGGAAUUGGUGUUGGAAUUUACGGAAUGUCACACAAUAUAGGGGGAAUAGUCAAGAAUUUAUUGGAAUCUAAAUACGUAGUUAUCUUAAGUAAUUUCACCUACUGCGUGUAUUUGGUUCAAAUCGGCAUUAUUGUUGCAAUCAAUAAGCAUAUUUCAUCAAAUAUGGAAGUAUCAAUAGGAAAAUUGGAAGCUCAAGAUUUUUUUUUAAUUUCAACCUAUAUAGUUUCUGUAAAACUUAACCUAACCUCAAAUAUUUUCAAACUCUGAAGAAUUCAAAAUGGAGGAUAAUUCUAGAUAAAUUUCGGAGUAAUGUCGUUUGUCAACAAGAAUAACGUAUCAAUCUCAACUUACUUAUAAAACUUAGUGCUAUAAAUUUUUGAGCAGUGUAAGCGCUUUAGUAAUGACCAAAUGAUUAAAAUUAAAAUUCAAGAGACAAUGUUGAACGUUUUUUUCAACAUAAACAGUAUCGGGAAGACUGAAUGGGUUCCUGAGGAUGAGACUGUCAACUAUUUGUCAGUUUUGGCAACACUGCGAGAACUAGUUCAUAAAAAACGGCAUGAUUUGGCACCAAGACAACGCACUUGCCCAAAACGCGCGAUCUGUGAAGAACAUCCGCCGUAAUCACCAGAU